ACUUCACCGGAAGAUUCAAUUGUGGUAUGCCACCAGGCAGAAGAGGAGGAAUUCGACGCCGACGCGAUAAAAGUGAUAACGUGGAGGAUGUUGAUGCGGGCGGCUAAUACGGAAGGAGAAGAAUAUCAGGAAGUGAUAAUCGGCUCAGUGGAAAACAUUCGACAUUGGACCGAUAACGCGAAGGCGAUGUUUGUUCAAAACAUAUUGGAGAAGUCUUUCGAAAGCCGGCUACGAGAUCGCGCCAAAUAUGUGGAGUUUGUAUGCGGUUUGGCGCGCGAGCGACUCUUUUCGCCCGAGGUUCUAGCGGAUGGUGUGGGGGAGAUUGUGGCGGUGACGGAGAACAUUGUCGCCGAGGUGCCGGACAUGUACACCGUUGUUGUGGAUAUCCUUGGUUCCCUCCUGGCGGACAAGAUUCUGGAUGUGGCGGCUGUGGUUAUCGCCUUGAAUAGAUCCCCGGUUCAUACUCCGAAAUACUACGCUGCUCUACGUCAGUGGCUGGACGCCCAUCUGUCAGCGCAAGAGAAAGAGGAACUGGUCAGUCGGCAACCGAGUGUCGGCUGGGCCAUGCUUGGUCAACCUGGGUGCAGUGUGGACGGAGCUGCGAUGGAGGGCGUUGGAUCUGAAUAGUUAAUGUGCUGGAUGACAUUUUAUUGUGCUUGUUAUUUUUAAUUUUCUGCUGAACAGGUACAGAUACAAGCAUUGAGCAUUCAUAACAUAGAGUUACCAAAGUGGUGUGAUUGUUAUUUUUUUAAAUUUUACGUGAAGAUCA